AGGGUUUCUCUAUAUCUGCUUCUGUUCUUCUUCAGUGCAGGCGCAGCAGACAGAGAGAGGAAUCGUCCAAACGCAGUCACCAUGGGGCGCAUGCACAGUCGCGGUAAGGGUAUUUCCAGUUCGGCUCUUCCCUACAAGAGGACCCCUCCUAGCUGGCUCAAGAUCUCUUCUCAGGAUGUUGAGGAGAACAUCUGCAAGUUUGCGAAGAAAGGUCUCACUCCAUCUCAAAUUGGUGUCAUUCUUCGUGACUCUCAUGGAAUUGCUCAAGUGAAGAGUGUCACUGGAAGCAAGAUUUUGCGUAUAUUGAAGGCUCAUGGGCUUGCACCUGAAAUACCUGAAGAUCUGUAUCACCUGAUCAAGAAGGCAGUGUCAAUCAGGAAGCACUUGGAGAGGAAUAGGAAGGACAAAGAUUCUAAAUUCAGAUUAAUUUUGGUUGAGAGUAGGAUCCACCGCCUCGCCCGUUACUAUAAGAAGACAAAGAAGCUUCCACCUGUAUGGAAAUACGAAUCAACAACUGCCAGCACUCUUGUGGCUUAGAGUGGGAUGAUUACUUAUAGAGUUCUACCGUUAAUGUACUUUUUGAUAAGCAAAUCUAUUUCUUUGAUGUGAUUUUCAAGUUUUGAAACACUUAAAAUUUAUGUCAAGACUUUUUUCUUAUGGUAGUUUUCAAGAUGGAUUUUGUUCUUAUUGAUUACUGAUAUUUGGUUCUUUCUAUCCUAUAAUUUUGUUAUCGGAGUGAUGUUUCUUGUGGGAUUACUAUCAUUACGCCACACGCA